AUGGGGUUAUCCACAUAAUUUCCCUGAGGAGAUUUCUUGUGACCACGGGCUUUCUUAAGUUCUUGCUGCACAAGCAUGAGGCCCGCAGCAUCUUCCCAGAGAUUACGACCGGUACGCACGCUUUCUUCCCCGAGAUGACGGGGAUAAUAAUAUAAACAGUGACGGCAGUUUUCAUGACCAAACUAGAUCAAAUUUCGAUGGCCUCCCCUCUAUAUAUUUAUAAUUAAGUAUCCAUACCUCAACUACAAGGGUUUAAGCGGCCAUUCUCAGAGUUCUUCCAGCCAGAAACCAUCUGCAAGAUAUCUUUGCACCAACUCUCCUAAGUACGCCUUUGUCAUCCUCCCCCCUCUCUCUAUCUCUCUCGCCUUCUUCUUCCUCUUCCUCUUCUUCUUCUUCUUGUUAGAAGAUAUGGGUCUAAGGGACAUAGAGUCCACUCUCCCACCAGGGUUUAGGUUCUACCCAAGUGAUGAGGAGCUGGUCUGCCACUAUCUCUACAAAAAGGUGGCCAAUGAAAGAGUCUCUGGAGGAACCAUGGUGGAGGUGGAUUUGCAUACUCGCGAGCCAUGGGAGCUUCCAGAGGUGGCUAAGCUAAGUGCAAAUGAGUGGUACUUUUUCAGCUUCCGUGACCGUAAGUAUGCCACUGGCUCGCGCUCAAAUCGGGCAACAAAGUCCGGAUAUUGGAAGGCAACCGGGAAGGAUCGCACAGUCUAUGACCCUACAACCCAUGCAGUUGUGGGGAUGAGGAAGACGCUGGUCUUCUAUCGUGGAAGAGCUCCAAAUGGGAUGAAGACCAGUUGGGUCAUGCACGAGUUCCGGCUAGAAAAUCCACACACACCCCAAAGGAAGACUGGGUUCUGUGCAGAGUUUUUCACAAGAAGCAAGGGGACUCGGUGAACUGCAGCCUGGGGAAUGAUCAGCAAAACAACAUUGGGUGGUCCUCAUCACAUUUGGAGUCAUCCCCUCUGAAUGACCAUGCCAUGCCAGAUGGGUGCAAUGAGCAGAUGGGCUCAUCAUUCCCUACUGUCCCAUAUCAGGAGGGCAACAGCUCAAACACCUUCCUUAAUUUGGCAGUAUUGCACUACAACUUCCUUGGUUUCCCACAGGAGGUGGACAGCACAACCAUGAUGGGAAUGGACUCAGGAGGCGGUGACGAUGAUUUUGGGCUGAUGCUAGAUGUGGGCAUGGAUGACCAUGACCUAGUGGAGGGAGAAACGGCAAAUACGGGAAGUAUGAAGUUCCAAGGAGGCAAAGACCAGCUUUUCUUCUAGGUUCUACAAAUAUUGGCAUGUCUAUUGAUUUGGAUUGAAGAGUGACAAGCAUGUCCUUGUAUAGAUGCUGUGAUUGUUGAUUUGAAACGUUCGUGCUAUUAGUUGUAGAUAACACACUAGAUAUUGUGAAAAUUCCGAGUAGUACAAUUAUUUUGAAUAAUAAUAAAUUAUUAUUUUCACAUUGCUA